AUGGAGUUAAGUGGUGUUCCAACACCGUGCAUGGAUUGGAAUAGCUCAAAUCUUCCGGAAGCUUGGAAGAAGUUCACAGAGCACUGUGAGCUUAUUUUUAAGGGUCCACUUAAAGGGAAGGACGAGGAUGUACACAUCACCUAUUUGCAACUUUGGAUGGGUGAAAAGGGUCGGGACCUGUACAAAACACUAGAACUGUCAGCGUCCGACAGAGAACAUUUGUCAGCAAUUUGUGAAGCGAUUACAAAACACCUACAGCCGACGAUCAACCCCGUUUUUGCACGAUAUCGUUUCAACAAUAUGACACAGGGAGAACUUUCUUUCGAAGAAUUCUUGACCAAAUUGAGAGUAAUGGUGAAGGAUUGCAAUUAUAAGGACAGUGAAGACAUGAUCAGGGAUAGGAUUGUGUUUGGAAUAGUAUCACAAAAAAUCCGAGAAAAACUCAUUAAUAUGGGAGAAAAUUUGACCUUGAGCAAGGCUAUUCAAAUAUGUCAAAGCUUUGAAUAUGCUCAAGCACAACUGCGCGAAAUGCAGGCACCAUCGCAAGGAGCAGCCAUUAAUGUGGUUCGUUCAAGAAGGGUUACUGGUCAUAACACCUCAGGCCAGCCUGGUCACAAUUCCUCAGGCCAGUGGGAGCAGAGAAGACAACAGCGCGUCACUUUGGGAGAAGACGUUACCCGGACUUGCCAAAAUUGUGGGCGGAAACACCAACAACAACACCAGUGUCCCGCAAAGGGAAAACAAUGUCAAAAAUGGAACCAUUUUGCAUCAGUGUGUAGAAGUGUAAAUGAAGUUAUUGACAAUAACAAUUCUUGUACUCAUGAUUUCAAGGAUUUAGUGAUUGACAAUGUGGAGUCCACUGUUAGGAAUGGGCAGGUAUUUGCAGAGUUCAAGGUAGGUCCUUCCAAUUUGUCCGUACAGUUCAAGAUUGAUACUGGUAGCCAAGUCAAUAUAUUGCCAUACAAAACCUUUAGAGACAUAGGCAUAAAGUCAGUUCUAGAAGCCUCACAUUCAAAGCUUUCAGCCUAUGACGGAAGCACGUUAAAUGUAAAGGGAUGCAUUACUUUGAGGUGUAAUCAUCCUGGAACUGGCCAAACAAAGGAUGUUUACUUUCAUGUAGUUGACACACAUUCAAGUCCUUUGCUAAGUCUCCAAUCAUCCCUUGACUUUGAACUCAUAAAUCUCACAUACACAGUUAUGUCAGAUUCCCAGGUCAACCCCCUCACUAAAGACAUGGUAUUAAAGGAAUACAAGGAAGUGUUUGAUGGCAUUGGUCUGCUAGCCGGUGAAUGUAAGAUUCACAUUGAUCCCACUGUCCAGCCUGUGGUGCAUCCCCCAAGAAAGGUCCCUAUAGCAUUACAAGAAAAGGUCAAGGAUGAGUUACUCCGCAUGGAGUCAUUAGGUGUCAUCGAAAAGGUCAAUGAACCCACUGACUGGGUUAGUUCAAUGGUCGUUGCCGAAAAAGCCAAUGGCAAAAUUCGUAUAUGUCUGGAUCCGCGUGACUUGAAUAAGGCCAUUCAACGUCCACAUUACCCUUUAAGAACUCUGGAUGAUAUAUUGCCUCAGCUUUCAGGCGCAAAGUACUUCACAAAGCUUGAUGCUAGGAGUGGUUAUUGGGCAUUGAAACUUGAGAGAGAGUCAUCGUUCCUUACAUGUUUUAACACCUUAUAUGGAAGGUACCGAUAUGUCCGAGUUCCCUUUGGUCUGAAGUCAAGCGGUGAUCUUUUUGUGCAAAAGAUUGAUGCUUGUCUCGAAGGUCUAAGUGGCGUAGCUGUCAUCGUGGAUGACAUACUAGUGUAUGGGUCAUCUAGAGAGGAACAUGACUCCAAUCUUAGAGCAGUCCUAAAGAGGUCUCAUGAUGAAGGAAUUCGUUUUAACGAAACCAAACUCGAGGUCGGGGUAUCAGAAGUAGACUACUUUGGUCACCGUCUCACAUCAGAUGGUUUGAAAAAAUCAACCUCAAAGACAGAGGCUAUACAGAAAAUGAAGCCACCCAAAAAUAAAUCAGAACUUGAAACCAUAUUAGGUAUGGUAAACUAUCUGUCUAGAUGUAACAGCCCCUCUGAGACAAUUACUGUCUAA